GACAUGACAUGACAUGACAACAAAAACAAUAAUUUAUUUUGGUUGUGAAGUUUGAGAAAACUUUAGAGCUCCAUAGUGGAAAAACAUUCAAUCUACAUAGUGCAUGAUAAUUAAUUGUUCUUAAAUUGUAUUUUUCCCUCAUACAUUUUGCAAACUCACUUGCUAAAUUACCCAGUUACAGCUCUCCCAUUCAAGAGACUGGAGUUGGAUUCCUUUUUGUAGAUAGCAAAUAACUCGCUGUUCAUAUUUGGGUGGCGUGCUUCGCUUUUGUUGUUACCUGGGAGUUCCCAGUAGAUACAAAAGCCAACUCUAUGUUGUCCAUCAUGUUAUCGAGGUUUCACCACUAUCAUGGAUCAAAUAUUGUUUUAUUCGAAGAUAAUACAGUGGCUUAUCGAAAGACUAGUUUUGCUCAUGGUUUAACAUUUAGUGAAAGGCCCUUGUUACCAGGGGAAAUAUUCUUGGUGGAAAUUGAAAAAACUGAACGGGGAUGGAGUGGUCAUAUGCGUCUUGGCUUAACUUUACUUGAUCCUCAAAGUACUGCAAUGGGUGAGAAAGGUUUGCCUCAAUAUGCUUUACCUGAUCUUGCAAACACAGGCAUGUCAUGGAUAUUUCCUAUAUCUAAGUCACAGAAUAAUGUCCUUAUUGAAUUGAUUAACCAAGGAACAAGUGGGCGGCGAGAUAAUGAACCUAGGGUGUCCAUUUUGGGAGAUUCACAUAAUGUACACACACCUCGUGGAUAUGUGUCAAAGCACACUCUUCGCCCUCAAACUGUAUCAAACAAUGGCACCCCACAAGGCAUCUUACCCAUGGAUGCUGGAAGCCGUAUAGGAGUUAUGUAUGUGCCUUGUCCUAAAAAGAGUAAAGAUGACCCUGAUUUAGCUGAGAUGCACUUUAUAAUAAAUGGUGAAGAACAAGGUCCAUGCACAAAAGCCAUACCAUACACAAGAGGUCCUUUACAUGCUAUUGUAGAUGUGUAUGGCACUACAAAGCAAGUUCGCAUAAUUCAGCUAUAUGGAGUUAAAACUUUACAAAAUGUAUGCAGAGAUGCAAUACUGCAAUUCAUCCGAGGAAACUCGGUGAAGUCAUUGCCGCUCCCACAGUGCUUAAAAGAUUUUUUGCUCUCAUAAAAGUUUUAUACAUUGUAAAUAGGCUCUAAAUAAUUUGCUUUGAAUUGUAACAUUCCUGGCUUGAGCCAAUAUAUUAUAAUUUGAUUGUAAUUUUAAAAGUGUUUAAGUGUUAUUGAGAAGAAAUGAAGUGAAGUUGUGGUAGCUCUUCAGGAUUUCAUAUGAUACAUUUUAUACUGUGAAUGUUUUUUUAUGCAGAAAAAGAAAGGAAUUGCCAACAUUAUGUUAAUUGGUGAUCAUUCUGGCAAAAUAGUUUGGUCAGGACUGAAAUUACUGUUUUAAAAUUUAAACCUCUUGCUAAAGUGCAGAUUAUAGAAAUAGUGUUUUACAAGGAAAAUUAUCUUUAUAUUCUUCUUAAUAUUAAAAAAAGGAAUAAUCUUUUAUAAAGUGAAAUAAAAUUAAUAUGUUAACCAUGAAUUUAGAUUGCUACUUUGUAAUACAGAUCUGAAUUUUGGGAUGUUAAAAAUGUAAUGUAUAAAAAUAGACAAUAGGUAAUUACAAUCUUUUGCAUUAGACUGAUAUGCUUAUUCCUUAACUGAAAAAUUGCGUUAAUUUAAAUAAUUAAUAAUGCUUAAUUUUUUAAAUUUAAAAAAGAAUAAUAAAUAAAAUUCAGUUUGUUGUUAUUUCUCUUGAAUAGAGCACAACAGAACAUAUAAAGGAUUUAUUUUAUAUAUUUAUAUAUGUAUAUUGUAUUACUCCUUUUUUUUGUGUAUUUAUACUAAAAGCAGUUAGACCACAUAUAUACAGUGCUUUUAUAGGUAGGGCAAAGCAGAUGUGAAUGAAACCAAAAGCAUAGAAGCAACUAAAUUAUAUUUUUAACUGUUUUAAAUUUUACUCUCAAAGAAAAUAAAAUGUUUCUUUAUUACUUUA